GACUUGACCUUGAGCUGCUGCAACAGAUUAUUAUUUUGAAGCAAUUAUGUCUGCUUCCCAAGAUGAUGACUGGUUUAAUCAGGAUGAAGAGGCGAUUGAGCAGAGCUUUCAGGAUCAGGUGAAGCACCAAGAUGAGCAGGAGGAGGAGGACGAGCAAAUAUUGUGCCGUCAUGCCGUGUUGGCCGACUGUCUGAAGCAACUUAACUUGGAGAACAGCGCAGGUGAAACCAAGGCUCCCGGUCGUUUUGCAACCAUCGAACUCUCGAAGGCGCUGAAAAUGUCGCCCGUGGAUAUGUUUCUCUAUUUCAUGUCAGAGGAACGUGACUUGUUUGGGGCUCAACUUGCCGGCAAUGACAGUCUGAAGCGACUUUUCAUACUUUUGGAAGCGCUCAAGUCGAUCUGUCAGCUGGAGCUGGGCGGUUUCGAUGAUAAGUUCUUGGCCGCCUUCUCCAAGCAGACGGUAAUCUUCAAUUCGUUCCGUCGUUUUGCCCUUACAAUCUCGGCAAACGCUUUGCUGGGCAAAUGCACUGCAGAAUCUGAGCAGAUUUUUAAGAACAUGAUUUGGCUGAUGGCACGAGCCAAUAAGAUCGGAGUGCUUGGCCAGCAGGGCUACGAAUUGGUUGGCAUCUGCAAUAAGCUGAUCUCAGAAGGCAAGCUGCCGCAGCUUCUAGCCUUAGACUUGAGCCAAGAGCUGGAGGCGUUUGCAGACACACUGCCAACGUUGGUAAACGUUAAGGGUGAAAUCUACCCAACGAUCGACAGGCUGCUGUUGGACAGCGUGGAGCCAUCGAAGCCACCAGCACCAACUGAGUCCAACCAGGUGGCAGACUAUCUAAACACACAGCGCCACUUACUGCAGCAGGAUUUCUUCCUGCCUUUACUUGAAUUCGUUCAGUUUCUACGAGCUGGAUGCAAUCUCGAUACUCUGGAGAAACGCCGUCUCCUGUGGCGCGGCACACAGCUAACUCUGAAUCCAGAAUUCGUGGAGGCACAACGGCACAGUUUGGUUUUCAUUAAUCUACUUGCUUCCGGUGACUCGAAGAAGAUUAAUAGAAAAUUGUUGGACAACUUCAAAACGGGUGCGCUGCUAUGCCUGACCACUGGCUUGGACUUUAAGGAUCUCAUUUUGUGCACCGUUAGCUACACAAAGCCUGACAAACUAAAAGAAGGACUUCUAAGUGUGGAGGUUGUGAGGCAACACAACAUUGGCAACAUCUACGAUCGACCACUGUUCAUGUUCCAGACGCCCGUGUUCUUCGAGCCGUAUGUUCGGGUGCAUAACUAUUUGAGCACAUGCAGCACAGAUCAGUUCCCAAUGCGUCGCUACAUCGUGGAUGGACAGAUUGAAAUACGGCCGCCAGCGUACAUUAAAUCUGACGCUCAGCUCAUGUACAAUCGGAAACCGUUUAGGGCGGCACAGCCACCUCAGGACUUGCCUUUAAAUGAUAGGCAGAGAGAGGCAUUCAAGGCAGUCUACACCAAUGAGUUCUGCAUUAUACAGGGACCGCCUGGCACAGGCAAAACGCAUGUCUCUGUGGAGGUGGUCAACAGUCUGAUACAGAACGCUAAAGUGCUGGGCACCGGACCCAUCAUUGUGCUGGCCUACACGAACGACUCUCUAGACAAAUUUCUGGUGAAGGUAUCGAAGUACACAAAGGAAAUACUGCGCUUCGGUUGCCAGACGCGCGAUCCACAAAUAGCUAAAUUCAAUGCAAAUUCAAUGCUUGAUCCGGAGCUGGUGCCGCCAAGACUAAAGCGCGUGUGGUGGCUGGUAAACACCGAAUACAAGGAGCAGUUCCAGCGACUUCAAGCGCUGUACGCCAACUUUGAUGGCAGCGAGGCGAGCUACCAGGAGACCCUAAUCGCACAGGAGCAGCUGCAACAGGUGGCCGAGCGAAUGGACACUGUGCGCAUCAUCUUCCAGUAUUAUUUGGCUAGGAACAAGGAUCUGUUGGCCAUGACCACCACGUGCGCGGCUCGUUUGAACUUUCUUUUUCGUCUGCUGAAAUCGAAAUGCUUCAUCUUCAAGGAGGCAGCUGAGAUUCAGGAGGCACACAUACUCGCCUGCCUAACACCUCACACGGAGCACGUGAUUCUCGUGGGUGAUCACAAGCAGUUACAGCCAUUCACUGGCUGCAGCCAACUGCCGCAAGUCUCGCUUUUUGAGCGCCUCAUCGACAAGGGCCUGCCCUACUCUCUACUGAAUGUGCAGUACCGAAUGCGUCCCUGCAUUUCGGAGCUUCUGGUGCCCACCAUCUAUGGGGAGCUGCUCUGCUCGGACUCUGUGAAUGUCUACGAGGACGUCCGCAAUAUGCACAAGAACUUGUUCUUUGUGUCGCACAAUGAACCGGAGAAAGCGCUCCUAGAUACAUCCUUUGAGAAUGUUCACGAGGCCAAAGAGCUGGCAAAGCUGACGGAAUUCCUGCUGGAAACAGGCAAAUACGAGGCCAGUGAUAUCGUCAUACUCUCACCCUACAAUGCCCAAGUGGAACGCAUCAAGAAAACGCUGCCGGAGAAAUAUAGAACGGAUCCAAAUAGUGUUCAGGUGUCGACCGUUGAUAGUUUCCAGGGCCUGGAGGCGAACAUUGUUCUGCUCUCGCUAGUGCGCAGCAAUCCGUCCGGCAAUAUAGGGUUUCUGGCUAAGCCGAAUCGUGCUUGUGUGGCCCUUUCCCGAGCACGCUGGGCUCUCUACAUUAUUGGCAAUAUGGAAACACUGCAGCAGGGCAACUCCGAGCUGUGGUCAGCCAUAGCCGAACGUUUGAAGGAGUCCAAUGCCAUAGGCAAGCAUUUCCUCUAGUUGUUUGAUCUCCAAUUAAAAGGAACACAACUUUUGUUAUACA